UUACCUGAGUGGUGUGAAGGUUUUCCUGUGGGUUUAAAGUAACAACUCAGCGGAUUAAGAGAGCUAAAACGAAUAUGCAGACUGGUUCAAGCAAAGAUCAGGCCAUCGGAAGCCAGGGGUUUCUCACCAAAUUGGUCGAAGAUAUUUUUGAAAAGGUUUUUGUGAGAUCAAGAGACAGAGAGUCGAAAGUCAUUGAAUUCAAACCUCCAGCCGACCUUGAAAAUAUCUUGGAUUUGACUUUGAAGGAGCCUACUGAAGACGCGAGACUUCUCGAUAUUUGUCAUGAUGUCAUCAAAUAUAGUGUGCAUACAGGGCAUCCUUUGUUCUUUAACCAACUGUACGGUGGAAUGGACCAGUACACUAUGGGAGGGGCAUGGCUCUCUGAUGCACUCAAUACUAGCAUGUUUACCUAUGAGGUUGCUCCUGUCUUCACUGUCAUGGAAAAGUACGUUGUCAAGAAGAUGAUUGGACUUGCUGGAAUGGAGUUCGGGGAUGGUGUUUUCUGUCCAGGUGGGUCUAUUGCGAACAUGUAUGGAUUGAACCUGGCCAGGUGCAAAAAAUAUCCAGAAGUCAAGACGGACGGUAUGUCGAGAUAUGCAUCGUUGUGCAUUCUAACAUCAGAACAGGCACAUUUCAGUAUAAGAAAAGGGGCAGCAUUUCUAGGCUUUGGUAUGAAGAAUGUGGUUUUGGUGAAAUGCGAUGCCAGCGGUAGAAUGCUUCCUUCAGACCUGGAAAACAAUAUAAACAGACUUCAAGCGGAGGGGAAGGAACCAGUAUGCGUUGUCGCGACUGCUGGUACAACCGUUCUGGGAGCAUUUGAUCCUCUUGACAAGAUUGCUGACAUCUGUUGUAAAUACAGGAUUUGGAUGCACGUUGAUGCAGCUUGGGGCGGUGCUGUUCUCUUAUCGAAGGAACAUAGAAUACUCAUGUCGGGCAUUGAAAGAGCGGAUUCUUUCACAUGGAACCCCCACAAGAUGAUGGGCGCUCUCAACCAAUGUUCUUUGUUCCUCACCAAACAUAAGGACCUGCUGACAGAGAGUCAUUCCGCUAGGGCAGAGUAUUUGUUCCAGCAGGACAAGUUUUACGACGUGUCAUACGACACAGGUGACAAGUCUAUCCAAUGUGGCCGCAAGGUAGAUGUUCUGAAACUCUGGGUCAUGUGGAAGUCAAAGGGAGAUAACCGCUUGGAGAGUGCCAUUAACAAUGCCAUGGAUUGUGCCAGGUAUCUCAGCAAAAUCAUUAACAGCAGAGAGGGAUUCCGUCUUCUCCUUCAGCCUGAAUUCACCAAUAUAUGUUUUUGGUACGUUCCACUGAGCAUGCGCAACGAAGAGGAAAACGAUGGCUGGAAAAGGCGUUUAUCGCAGGUGGCCCCGGCUAUCAAGGAGCGAAUGAUGCUGGAGGGGACGAUGAUGGUGGGCUACCAGCCCCUUGGGGACUACGUCAAUUUCUUCCGCGUGGUACUCUCAAAUCUGGACAUCACAGAGGAGGACAUGGAACUAGUAGUCAACAACAUUGAAAGGCUAGGAAAAGACAUAAAUCCACAAUGAAAAACUACAGUUUAAUAAAAACAACUUUUCUGUCGCUUCGCAAUCUUGAGAUGACAAAUACUAUCCGCGAAUUAUCUAUGUAACCACCUCAAUCUAUUAUGUGUUUAUUUGACAUCAUCUGUGACCAACGCACGGAAACACUUUACUGAGCCUAUGGUUAGCUGCGUUUACUUAAUCUGUACUGGCGAUAAUCAAAAGCAUCGAUUUUGACGUGGUCCCAUUUGUAGCUAUACAACUUACAAAUAUAUAUUUCUAUAUCAUCACCGUGCACUUUGAUUGGUUGAUACCAAUCUCAUAUUAUAUUCAAAUUUUAACCAUUUUGUAGGAGAGCAGCUGCAACACAUUUGCAUAUUUUGUGAUUGCAGGCUUUAAUUUACCUACAAUGUAUAGAACAGUCUAGAUCUGUACCAUGCUCUGUUACCUUCAGCACGUUUCUCAUGUUCUUCUAACGUGGCGCUUUUACAAUUAAACCAUAAAAUGAUAAUCUCGAUAAUGCUAAAGCUUAAUCCAUUCUUAUUGUAAUGCCAAAAUUUAUUUUUUAUUUUUUAUCUUUUAAACAUUUUAACCAUUUAGUUCAAGUUUUAUGUAUUCUUAUUUGUGACACCCCUGCAAGUCGGGGAUCGAGAAAAGAAUACACCUGCUCAAGCUGGUACCCACUGCAGGUAUCGUAAGAUGCGACUGAUGUGGGAAGCCCCUGCAGAAUUCGGGCUGUUCUUUUGUGCCCCCUGUUUGGGGACACAAACGCGACAAAAAUAAAUCUGCUGCGCCCAUUGCAAUAUGUUUUUGGGAUCUACCUUUCGUUUCCUAGCGCCUUCCUUGGUAAUACCUCACUUUUGGCUUUGAUGUUGAACAUUCGCCCAGGAGAGGAAGGCAAUGGGCUCUGUCUGCAUGCCGGGACAUACAAUUACCCAAGUCCUUAACAUGGGAAGUUGUUAAUCCCUGCUUUAGCAUUUCGGCAAGGUAUUUCAGUGAGAUAACACUAAAAAGUCGACAGCAGACCCGCGUUACCACAAGGAGGCAACGACACCAACAUACUCUGUCACAAGCACACAUACACACAUGUAUACAAAGUACACAACACACAUUGAGACACGUCCUUAAAUGACCUUAGCUGUUGUUAGGACGCUAAACCCUAUACAACCAACCAUUGUGAACGUCUAUCGUAGCGUUGUUUGGCACAAAAUGAAUUAAGUUAUCUAUGGGUUAUAAAGUAACACAAGAAACAAAAAAUUAAACAGUGGGAUGGCAAUGUUCACAUCAAACCCGCCUUAUCACAAGGUGGCAAAAUAAACCAACAUACCGCCUCAAGAACAUAUGUAAACAAUACACGUACGGAGAAACGUCCUUUAAUGGCCUUAUUGCUUAAUAAGAUGAUAAACCCAGUUCCAUUCUACUGACAACAGGUUAACCAGUUCAUUACUUUAAAUGCUAAAAUAUAAGCAAGGAAUAGUAAGUACUAUUUAAGGGACUUCAGUAUGUGCCGGCCUUGGGACGAACCAUUCCCUUUCAGACUUGUGCGAACGUUUAACACUAUAGGCUCAAACUGGCAAAAGUAAAGUUUUGCCAAGCAAUGCGCUCGGGAAAGUUUGGUUUAGUUUGUUUUAAUUUUGUUUAACGUCCUAUUAACCGCUAAGGUCAAUAAGGACAUGUCUCCAUGUGUGUAGUGCAUGCAUGCUUGUGUGUGUAUGACAUGGUAUGUUGGUGUGCUUGCCUCCUUGUGAUAGCGCGGAUCCGAUGCCGACUUUAUAGUGGUAUCUCACUGAAAUACCAUGCCAGAGGCACCCAACACCGCAUGCCGCCCGAUCACAUUAUACUGACAACGGGUAAACAAGUUGUUGCCAUUCCCCUAAAUGCUGAACGAUAAGCAGAGAAU